GCGGCUCCAGGAAACGGCGCGCUAGCCGCUCCGCUCUCCUGCCAGCCCGACGCGCCUCAGACCACCCCGCCGACUCAGCCAGACCACCGGGCGGCGGCGGGGACAGCAGCCCGGCGUCCGAGCCUCAUAUACUUCCGCACGGACGGGGCGGGCAACGCGGAUAGGAGCCCCGGACACCAUGGGUACCCGGGCAGGGCCAGUGAUCGCAGGCCAGCGGGAAACCUGGGCCUGAGAAGUGGGCAGCAGGAGCGGAGGGGGCCAUGACCUCUGUGUGGAAACGUCUGCAGCGCGUGGGCAAGAGGGCCGCCAAGUUCCAGUUUGUGGCCUGUUACCACGAGCUGGUGUUGGAGUGCACCAAAAAAUGGCAGCCGGAUAAGCUGGUGGUGGUGUGGACCCGGCGGAAUCGUCGCAUCUGCUCCAAGGCCCAUAGCUGGCAGCCAGGUAUCCAGAACCCAUACCGAGGCACUGUGGUGUGGAUGGUGCCUGAGAACGUGGACAUCUCCGUGACCCUGUACAGGGACCCCCACGUGGACCAGUAUGAGGCCAAAGAGUGGACAUUUAUUAUUGAGAACGAGUCCAAGGGGCAGCGGAAAGUGCUGGCCACAGCCGAGGUGGACCUGGCCCGUCAUGCAGGGCCUGUUCCAGCCCAGGCCCCGCUGCGGCUGCUGUUGAAGCCCAAGUCUGUGAAGGUGGUGCAGGCUGAGCUGAGGCUAACUCUCUCGGGGGUGCUACUGCGGGAGGGCCGCGCCACGGAUGAUGACAUGCAGAGCUUGGCCAGCCUCAUGAGCGUGAAGCCUAGUGAUGUGGGCAACUUGGACGACUUUGCUGAAAGUGACGAGGAUGAGGCUAAUGGCCCAGGGGCCCCUGAGGCCCGGGCUCGAGGCCCCCAGCCAGAUACCUCUCGGGAGCUGAAGACACUUUGUGAGGAGGAAGAUGAAGGCCAAGUACAACCCCGGCAGGCAGCUGCCAGUCCUUCUAGUGCUGAGGAUAUCAGCCCAGCCCCCGUGAGUGCCCCUGCACCUGCAACUGGGGCCUCCCUGGGCCAGGGGUCAGAACCAGCUUCUGCAGCUGGGGGCCAGGUGGGGCCUGAGGCCCCAAGGCCCCCGGGAACCCCACCAGAGUCAAGGUCCUCGAGGCAGCCAGGCCAGGACACGGCCCCUACCCCAGCCCCUCGGCUCCGGAAAGGCUCUGAAGCUCCCCGGCCCCCGACCCCCAAAGGGGCUGAUGAGGUCCCCAGUGCUUCAGAGGUUCCCCAAGCAGGAGUGGGUUCUUCUGGGGAGACCCAGACCUGGAUAAGCCCCCAGGAAGGGACAAAGGCCCAGGGAGCCAGGCCAGGCCCAGACAUUGAGGACCAAGGUCCCAGAGAUACCUUGGGGAUGCAGAGACCCAAAGUUGAAGAGGGGGACAAUGGGGAAAGACCAGAGGCUAGUGGGGUGGACACUGCACAAAGGGCAGGAGUCACAGCUGGGAGGGCUGAAGAGAGGUCAGAAUUCAGUAGAAAGGAUGCUGAGCAGAGAUCAAAGGCACCACCUACCCUGGUCAGCUCCAGCCAGUCCCUGCUGGAGUGGUGCCAAGAGGUCACCACCGGCUACCGUGGUGUCCGCAUCACCAACUUCACCACAUCCUGGCGCAACGGCUUGGCCUUCUGUGCCAUUCUGCACCGAUUCUACCCAGACAAGAUUGACUAUGCCUCCCUUGACCCGCACAACAUCAAACAGAACGAGAGGCAGGGGAGAUGGGGGAGAGAGCCUGCCUUCGAUGGCUUCGCAGCCCUGGGCGUGUCGCGGCUGCUGGAGCCCGCUGACAUGGUGCUGCUGUCUGUGCCCGACAAGCUCAUCGUCAUGACAUACCUGUGCCAGAUCCGUGCCUUCUGCACCGGGCAGGAGCUGCAGCUGGUGCAGUUGGAGGGCGGUGGUGGUGCCGGCACAUACCGCGUGGGCAGCGCCCAGGCGAGUCCUCCCGACGAUCUGGAUGCCAGCGGCCUGGCGCAGCGGUUGCGCGAGCACGGGGCCGAGGCUUCCAAGGAGCCCAAGGAGGCCACUGGCCGUGAGAACCGAGCGGCCACCAAGGGCGUGGACGCGGUCUGCACGUCCAGGGACGGAGAGACCGAGGCCAUAGGGGAAGCGCGCCCGGCAGGGACCCCCGGGGAGGGCUCCGGAGCCCGGUCGCCCCCGUCCCCAGUGCCCCUAGCGGAGGGGCUGGUGAAUGGGGCGGGGGGGCCGAGUGGCGCGAGUGGUGCGGGCGGUGUGAGACUGCGACGGUCUUCCAUCAAUGCCGAGGCCGGGCCCGUGCCGCCGCCCAGAGCGCAUGGCUCCUUCUCCCACGUACGCGACGCGGACCUGCUGAAGAAGAGGCGCUCUCGGCUGCGGAACAGCAACUCCUUUUCGGUGGACGACCCGGACUCGGGAGCCGCGGGAGCUUCGGCAGCCGUCGCUGCGGAAAGCCCAAGCCCUGACCCCAGCCCUACCCCUGGCCCACCCACAGCCACUGCCCUGCAGCAGCUCCCUGGUGGCAGUACCCCAUUGGAGGAGUUACCCCCAAGUCCAGGGGAGGAGGCUGGACUGCAACGCUUCCAGGACACCAGUCAGUAUGUUUGUGCAGAGCUGCAGGCCCUGGAACAGGAGCAGAGGCAGAUAGAUGGGCGGGCUGCUGAGGUGGAGAAGCAGCUGAGGAGCCUCAUGGAGUCAGGUGCCAACAGGCUGCAGGAGGAGAUGCUGAUCCAGGAGUGGUUCACCCUGGUCAACAAGAAGAAUGCUCUCAUCCGAAGGCAGGAUCAGCUGCAGCUGCUCAUCGAGGAGCAGGACUUGGAGCGGAGGUUUGAGCUGCUGAGCCGGGAGCUGCGGGCCAUGCUGGCCAUCGAAGACUGGCAGAAAACCGAGGCGCAGCAGCACCGGGAGCAGCUCCUGCUGGAGGAGCUGGUGUCGCUGGUGAACCAGCGCGACGAGCUGGUCCGGGACCUGGAUCACAAGGAGCGGAUCGCCCUGGAGGAGGACGAGCGUCUGGCACGCGGCCUGGAGCAGCGGCGCCGCAAGCUGAGCCGGCAGCUGAGCCGGCGGCGCGAACGCUGCGCACUGAGCUGAGCCGCCCGGCCUCCCGGCCUCCCGGCCUCCCCGGCCUCCCCGGCCUCCGGGUCUUCCCGCCUCCCGGCCCGCAGCUUUGCUCGCCUCCCGCGGCCUGUGCUGGGGAGAACCCGGCCCUCGGGAUGGGGGACGGGGCGUAUGGCCUCGGGGCUGUUGGCGCCACUGCAUCGCGGCGGCCGGCUGGACUCCCUGGCAGACCGACGGAGCUGCUGGGCUGGGCGCCGGCCAGGACGUUAUUUAUUUGUCGGUGUGAGUGUGUGUGCGCGUGUUCAUGGGGUUCCAGGGGCGCCUCACAGAGAUCUGCCCAAUUGCAGGGCCCCCAGGAGGCCUCUGAGGAAGAGGGAGAGGGAUGGCGGGGGACUGUCAACCGCACCCUCCUCCUGUUUCUCUCUCGACUAAUAAAGUUGGACAAGGACAAGGACA